UGAACUUCAAAAAUCGAAUUAAAUAAACAUUUGCUUUUCUUUCUUAUACUUGUAGAUGUUGUCACAUAUUUUACAUCGUCUUAAAUGAAAAUGGAAUUUCGUACCACCUUCUAAACACAUCCAAACGCAACCAACCGAAUAGGAUGUUUGCCCACCCACAUUUGCGCCCACAAUUGGCAACGGUUGCCAUUGCUGCCAGCGCAUUAGCCACAUCCGAAGCAACAACCGAUAAAGUACUGCUGCUUGAUGAGGAUAUCAUCAUCAGUCAAGCUUACUAUUCCAAUUCGCCGCUUUUCGCCUUUGACUCCUCGUCGUUAUUGGAUUUCCAGCAGUUGUUGCAGAGCGAUGCAUUCAAGCAGAAUAUGUCACUGACACUUAAUAUCUCAACGGAAAAUCUAACGGAUCUGCUAAAUACUGCGCAGUUAAAUCAAACCUAUGAACUGCCGCACCAACAACUCUCCAUGUCUGUGUUGAUUACGCUCACCGUUUUUUAUGCAAUAAUAUUUAUCGCGGGUGUGUUGGGUAAUCUCAUCACAUGCAUUGUUAUAUCGCGAAAUAAAUUUAUGCAUACAGCGACAAAUUUCUACCUAUUCAACUUGGCUGUAUCGGAUUUGUUGUUGUUGCUGUCAGGCGCACCGCAAGAUGUGUACAGUUAUUGGUAUCCUAAUGCAUUUCCAUUUGGCGAUGUGAUAUGCAUUCUGGGCAGUGUUCUGGCUGAAACUGCGACAAACGCGACAGUAUUGACCAUUACAGCAUUUACUGUUGAACGAUAUAUAGCGAUAUGUCAUCCAUUUCGACAGCACACCAUGUCGAAGCUAUCGCGAGCUAUCAAGUUCAUCUUCGCCAUUUGGGUGGCGGCGUUGCUGCUCGCCCUGCCGCAGGCGAUGCAAUUCUCCGUUGUCUCAGAGCAGGGCGGCACCUCGUGUACGAUUGGCAACCACUUUGUCGAACAUGUUUUCGCUGUUUCGGGGUUUAUCUUCUUCGGCGGUCCCAUGACAGCGAUUUGUGUGCUCUAUGUACUGAUUGGAAUAAAAUUGAAGCGCAGCCGAUUGCUGCAGGCAGUGCCAAGGCGCAGCUUUGAUGUACACCGCGGGAUUAGCGCACAGAGUCGUGUAAUCAGGAUGCUUGUGGCCGUUGCUGUAGCAUUUUUUCUGUGCUGGGCGCCAUUUCACGCUCAACGCUUGAUGGCUGUGUACGGCAGCAGCGCCAACAUAGAAUCGCAACUAUUUAAAGAUGUCUUCGAAGCUGUCGACCUCGUAUCCGGUGUGCUGUAUUACCUAUCAACCUGUAUUAAUCCACUGCUGUACAACAUCAUGAGUCACAAAUUCCGUGAUGCUUUCAAGGUUACUUUAGCGCGUCAUUUUGGAUUCCCCGGCCGCUACCAGAGUCAAAGUCACAACUACAGUGCCCUAUUGCGACAAAACGGUUCAAUGCGUCUCCAUACAACGGAUAGCAUCCGAACAACUACAACGACGACAACAAUUAACAGCAGUAGCGGCGUUGGCGGCGGCGGUGGUGGUGGAAUGGGCAGCAUCGGCCUGAGCGGAGUGGGUGCCAAUAACGCCAGUCGCCGUUCAUCGCAUCGCUCACGUUACACAUCCGGUGGCUCGCAAUCGCCACUAGCAACGACUCUGAACAAGCACGAUGAAAUCGCUGCAAAUCAAGUUAACGGCGCGACUGCUGCAUCGACACCCAGGCAACAGCAUCAUCACAGGCUGCAAUCACAACUAUCACAACGAUCCAACGGCGCCGAUAGUAAUUUACUGCUCGACAUGGAAUUGGGCACAGGCUACGGUUAUUGUCAUGUUCAUCCGCAAUCGGCGACCAUAAAUUCCAGCAGAAGUAACAAUUUGCGCCGUUCGGUCAUGAACAAUAAUGUAAUGCGCAAUGCGCGCCCUAUAUGUGAUGAUCGCGCGUCGAUUAACUCACAGGAGUGGGAAAGCAACGCUAGUCAAUAUGAACUUGGCGACACUCAUUGCAUUGGCGAGCAUGAAUCUGAAUUGCCAAGGCCAGUGUCAUCGAAUAGUCUGACACUGACGCGUAUUCCAGCUGUGCAGCCUAUGCAACCCGUACAGCCGGUAAACUCCAUAGCGGAAUUGGACGUGCAUGCGCCAGCACGCGCGCGUCUUAAACUUUCACGUAUAAUCAGCCGACGUGACCAGGACACAUUGUCGGUCAAGUCGAAUCCGCGCGCUGAACUAAUGCGCAGCACUGUUAAUGUGCCUAAUGUGCCUGGCUCACCAUUUACGACCUACGAAAAUGACAAAAAGAAGCAUGGGCGGACAGCGAAUGGGGGACGAACGCACAAAACCUUUGAUACACUCACCGGCAUGUUCCACUGGCGUGCUCGUAAAAAAGAACUAAAUGACCGACCUAAUGGCAGUGGUGGUGCUGGUGGUAGUGGCAUGAAGCGGACGCGACAAGACAGCAACUCGACUGUACAUACCCACGCAAGUGUGGGCGGCACGCCCACAUCUCGUAUGGCACUUAUGCGUAGCAUAUCGUCUACAUCGCCAGGCAUACUCGAGUCGACACUCAAUGCCGAAAUGAUGGGGCAAAAGUUGUGAAAAGGACACUCAGCAUGCACACAAAUUAACACACCCACACAAACACAGAGGAAUGUGAAGCCUUUUGGCUUUGGCCAACUUGAGAAAGUUCAUUGCAAGUGAACCCAUAUUUUGGGUAUGACAUUUGUCGGGUCACACAGACCAGAUGGCGACAUAAGCAGAUACUGCAAACUCAUGUAUGCGCCUAUGUAUGCAUGUGCCUACCAACUUCCCACAUAUCCAUAAUCGCUUACACUUAAAGCUCGCCAUUCUGAAAGUAAUGUAAAAGAGCGCCACAGGAUAAUAAUUUAAGCAAAAACCUCAGCUUUCUCCAUGACCAGGCUCAUGCAGUCACGGCCACGUCAAGUGCGAGUUAUCUAAAUCAUCUGAGCAAUCUGUCUCAUCAGCGUGUUGGGACACUUAUCUCACCAAUUUGUUGGCACAUCUAGCCGAUACCCCAAAACCGUAAAACAAGCACAUGCUUCACGCAUACGCAAAAGCACACCCACAUGCACGCACCAGUAUACGCUCAUGUUGUGUUGUUCACAUUACAUUUGUAACUUGUCACGUCUCUUUAUGUGCCACAUUUGCUUAAAUGCAGAGAUGAAAUAAAUCGUAAGAAAUCCCUAGUCAGACAGUUGAAUUGUUACAAAUGACAUAACGGUAACUACAUAAAAUCAAACCUACGCUCCAAUUAGGAUGUAACUCGCAUAUGUAAAUGGUAUGUAAUUUUCAGCAACAGAGUAUUAGAGUAUUGAAGUGUUGUAGACAGUAUCGAAGAGAAAACAAAGUCAUAUUUUUUUUUCGAAAACAAAGUUAAGUGUUCUCUCUUAGUGCAGAUUGAGGGAUCGGUUGAUAUGUUGGAGUGAGAUCAGGUCUAUGUUUCUUUGCUCGUCCGAGGUUGCCCGCGGGUGCCCGAAACUGCUUAUUUUGUGUUAUUGUUUUGAUUCUCGGACUGCUGAGAGUCACUUUUAAAGAGUAAUUUGUGUUUCUCUAAAUCCGAAGUCGCCCAGAACAAAAGACCGAGCGAGUUUGUGAAAACAGUCAAAUUGAAGGCUCAAUGUGCAAGAAGAAGAGAAAUUCAAAAUAACAACAAAUAACUUUGCAUGGUGAAAAAAAUUCAGAAGAUGUGACCAACACCAGACCGAUAACCGGCUCUCAGCGAUUUUGAAGGAGUGGCGGCGAUUUGUGGAAAGUGGCGGCGAUUUGUUUAGGAUAAAACAGAGAGUGUGGUGAUGUAAGAACAAAUCAAUGCAGCCAUCACAUUCAUGUUGCCUCGUGACCAUCUGAAUGACAAUUGAUUGCACUAGCAUAAAUAUACGUAUGUAGUGAGCAGGCAGAAUUCUGCUGCCGCUUCCCCGAUAACGUGGCAGUCGAAGUUACUCUCACAAGUUUGGAUGGCCAAAUCUUCUAAUCCAUCAUCCUUGUAAUAUAACUUUUUCCUUUUGAUUCGAGCGAGAAACGGUGUUUUUUGUGUUCUCAUAUUUCUAGCCUGUCUAUGCUCUACUGAGGGGGCAUUUCGUUCUUACCCUCAUUUAUAAGAUAAGUAAGACAAGCAGCAUAGCUUUGUAUGGCUGUCAUAUUUCUUAGGUCUCCAGCAAUGCCAUUCGCAAGAAUUAAUUUUUAGGAACGAAAAUAAGCUUCUAUAAAGAACCGAGUGAGUCUACUGAACAGCCAUCUACCCUUGGAAUAUCCCACAAUAACGCGUCAUUAGUGCUGAGUAAAUCGAGUUUUACAUUUUGACAAGCUGUCAUGUCUCGAAGUGAGGUGCAGAAGCAAAAAUGAGAAGGAGAGAAAAUAAAAGUAAGGAUUUCUAUUACUUCUGUUGUGUACUAUAUAUUUUUAUAUCUGUCUCGAUUUCUUUAUGCCGUCACAUACAACCGUUACAUGAAGAAAGUUAUAAUACACUGUGCACGAGUGCUUGACAUUGUCUGAAUAAAAAGAAUUGUAGUGAUUGUAAUUUCGUAAAGUUCUCUGCGUAACGAACAAAAAGAUGAGUAAGGGUGAAUAAUCAACAGUUCUAUUAGUAAUACCAAAAAUGAAUGAGAGGAAAAAUGGAAAGUGGUUCAAGGCCAAUUAAAAGUGGGCGCGAGUUGUAAGAAAGUUUAGGCUCAGCAAAUCUGAAAC